AUGGGCGAGCAUAAUCUUCUUAAUCCCGGGUUUGUGGGACCUUUGGUAAACAUCCACACUGGAGACACUUUUUACUUUCCGAAUUUCAGAGCCUCGGGGGGACAACUGGCGGGGCUACCGUCUCUCCCCUACCCGAGAAGGGACAAUGUUUGCUCCCUCCCGUGGAACCCAUCGGAGCCGUGCAAUGGAUACUCUCAAUCCUACUUUAGCAGCCCCGUAUCUAUUAACCCUUCUUUCAACCGGUCGUGUGAAAUUACUCGACCGGAGGAGGGUAAAUGUUAUUAUAGCAACGGCAGCGCAAGCAACAGAGAGAGCUGUUCCGGUGGUGGCGGGAGCAGCCUAAAACGAGAGGAUAGGGCGAGGGACACAUCAUCAUCCAUAACAUCUGAUCACGGUAUGCACACUGGCAUGGGCAGCAACAACAGUGGUGCCUUUUCCAAGUAUGAUUAUGGGACCGAGCAACUCACUCAAGACCCGCAGUCCUGCCUAUCUCUGGAAUCCGAUUCCAACUCCUCGCUUCUAAACGAGGGCAGCAAACCGUCCUCCAGCGACCCUCAGACCCUGGUGUCACCGGGAAACCACACCGUCCACUCGGGCAACAUAACUGCAGGCGGAGGUGCCCCGUGGUAUCCGAUGCACAGCCGGACCCGAAAGAAACGCAAGCCCUACUCCAAGCUCCAACUGGCCGAAUUGGAGGGCGAGUUCAUGCUGAAUGAAUUCAUCACCAGACAGCGGCGGAGGGAGCUCUCUGACCGCCUCAACCUCAGCGACCAACAGGUUAAAAUCUGGUUCCAGAACCGGCGUAUGAAGAAGAAGAGACUGAUGAUGAGGGAGCAAGCUUUGUCCUUCUUUUAGAAUUAGCAGAGAUGCAGCAGCAUACGGAGAAUCGAUUGAUGGGCAGUAUUUCUCCUGUCUGCAAUUGCUAUAAAUGCAUGCAAGCACCUAGCCUACUCUCACUCCAUCUCUAUCACACAGGAGGUACAAAAGGAUCAGGGAGGUAUUUGAGGUGUAGGUCCCAAAGAAAACGACCAAGUGAUACUGCUGCCAUAACUUAGAAUCUCUGCAGAGUUGUGCCAGAUAGUACUUCCUGUAUAGUGUUAUGGUAAACCACUUAUACAGACGUUUAUACACUUGUGAGAUGAUAUUCUUGCGUCCCCCGCCGGAUAGGCCUAAAGGAUAGAAUUAGUGCAUGGUGUCCUAGACUCUGGUAAGUUCCCAAGCCCUUAAAAAUGAAUAAUUGAUUCUGAUAAAUUACUUAUAACCGCGUAAUAGUCAUAUGGCCAGUGAAUAUGAAUUUGAAAACUAAAUGAACUAAAUGAAAAGCAAUGUAGCCUAAUAAGCAAAUGAGGCCAGAGUGAGAGAUUAACCCGUAAUCAAACCAAUUCUCCAAUGUAGACCUAACUGAAUCAUCUUUAGGCGCAUUCAUUGUCACUGACAGUGUAGAUUGGUUAAGAUGGAGGACAUUUCCAGUUGUUUAAUAUCUCCCAAAGUUCACUUGUAAGUGAUGCGAAAUACAAUACCCUUAUCUACUUUUCGUGGUCUCCGCCACGUGUUUGGGCACGGAGUCAGACUCCAAGACGCACAUCAGAGGAUCUUAGAGAUAGCUAAAACUCUAAAUCCAUGCCAGCCUCUUUAUGAAUGCAGCGCAUUGAACUAUUAUUUUCCAUGAAUUCGUUCAUGUGCUGACAACUUUUUCUAAAUAGUUUCCUUUUUUUAUCGCCUCUCUCCUCAUCUCCCCCUCUGAGCCAACCGCCUCUCAUAACAUUGGUGUUCACUCUUAGAAAAAAAGGAUCCAAAAGGGUUAUUCGGCUGGUCCCCAUAGUAUAGGGGACUGGAAAAGUCUCAACGGGUCCUUAGGACGUCCCAACUCUGACGUCACCCCAUUGAAGUUGAAAUUUAAAACGGUUAAGAUAGGGUUUAAGGUUAGAGUUAGGGUUUGGUAAGAGUUAUGAUUGAGGUAAGGGUAACCUUUUACUGCAGUGGGCUAAAUCAGGGUCACACACAGUGUUUCGUGGUAGUCUUAAACAAAUCUGCUUUGAAACAAAAGUAUACACCACACACAUGGAUUUUUUUGUGCUUAAAUGUAACCUUUAUUUAACUAGUCAAGUCAGUUAAGAACAAAUUCUUAUUUAGAAUAACGACCUACACCGAUCAAACCCGGUUGUGAUACAGCCUGGAUUCGAACCAGGAUGUCUGUAGUAACACCUCAAGCACUGAGAUGCAGUGCCUUAGACCGCUGCGCCACUCGGGGGCCCAAUGGGCUUACAAAAAGAAGACACGUGUACCAUGUCAGAUAAAGAGUUUAAAUAUAUUACAUUUUUGGUUUCCUAAUAUUACACUUUAUAUAAAUCACAGAAGACUGAAAUAUAACAAAACCGUUUGACGUAGAAACACCGGAUUUUGGGCGUUUUUUUAAUGAAUAAUGCUAAUUAAUUAUGAACUUAUUAAAAAUAAUAAUUACAUUCCACCCAUGAGGCUACUAGGUCAUUUGACUGCAGGGAAGCUUAUGGUUAGGGUAUAGGGUAGGAUUCCAGGUAGAACCAUUUUUUGUUCCGUGUCGAACCCUUUUGGGCUCCAUGUAGAACCGUCUGUGGAAUGGAACCCAGGUGGAAUUGAAAGUGUUGUACUUGGAACCAAAAUGGGUUUUUCAAAGGGUUCUCCUAUGGGGACAGGCGAAUAACCCUUUUACCUUCUAGACAGCAGCUUUUUUGCUAAGAGUGUUGGAUCAGAACAUAUGAGGUUGCUGUUUAAGCGAGGUUUUGUGUUGGCUGCUAUCAAAGAAAGAUAGUUCUCAUAGCUGUGCUGACAAUUAUUAUUAAAUUAGUAUUCCACAAGACAGUUGCUGGAUUUCCUUAUGGUAAUAACAAACUGAGGCGCAUGUGUUCUAUGUAUAAAUGCAAAUCCCAUAUACACUCAAUAAGCGUUGUGUACCUGAUAACGGUUACUGAUAGAAAAGCGCACAUUUGAAAUAGGCAUAAUUGAAGGUAGAUAUAAACUUGAGUGAAAAAUAAGCAUUGUGGAAAGAAUUAUCGUAUUAUAAACAUACAUGAGAUACACAAUCUAAACGCAGUGUGUUCUCCUUUAACAUCUGGACAGCACACUGUAUUAUAUUGAAUGGAUUAAAACCUAUAAAUGGCGCUGAAAGAUACUUGCAGCAUGUUAGUGAUUAUGUGAAAUAUAACAAAUGGUUAAUAGAUAAACGAUUUCUCUGGCCCUAUGAACUUUCAAAGUAGAAACGACUGAAAGAUUUAAAGAAAUGUCGUUGCAUUUUAAGGCAAGUAAGUAUGAAACCUUUAUUAUGAAAGUAUUUAUGCUUAUUAUUAUUAUAUUAUUAUUAUAGUAUUGGUCGGAGUUGCUGACUAUUAUUUGUUCUGUGCUUGCUAUUCGCUAUGUUCUAUGUCUCUUACCUCAUAACGUGUAUCAAAUUGUAAAAGUAUGGAAAUUAUGUGAUAUGAUGCUAUUUACAUCCUAUUUGAGGAUACCUUAUCUCAAUGUAAUAGUGUCUUCUGUUAACGUUCCGUUAUUUCGUCCUGUAGAUUUCAAUCUCGCAUUCCAUUAUUUGCGGUUGUAAGGGGAUAUGAAAUGACGUGGUUAUAUAAAAUGAUAUGGUACUAUUUACAUGCUAUUUCAGGAUACCCUGUCCUCAGUGUAACCGUGUUUUAUGUUAUUGUUCUCUUGUACAAUAUUGCAUUCCCUUAUUUGCGCUUGUGAGGGCUGCGUAAAACCUUUUAUUGUAUAAAAGUAAUAAUGACAUGAAUGUAUCUAUG